AUGGUGUUGACUCUCUUCGUGUUGUUGUUCUGCUCCUUGUCCUCUAGGACAUCUGCGGUACGCUACGCAGAGUAUAUUCUAACUCCGUCCUCUCGGACCAUAUACCCGGUGUCUGUUUACAACAUCAAUGGUACCGUCAAAAAUGCUGCCGGUUUAGUAAACGCAAAAGCAGCGGCCACCUUUACCGGUCCAUCAGCCGCGACUUAUGACUUUGGGAAAAAUGUGGCUGGUAUUGUGUCAUUUGACUUCAACGGUAGCACUGAUGCUCGAGACGUCUAUAUUGGAGUCAGUUUUACUGAGAGUUCUUUGUGGAUUAGCAGCGAAGGAUGUGACGCGACGGCUGAUGCUGGCAUUGAUCAAACCCUCUGGUUCGAGGUUUCCGGCACUGGUCACCGUCAAGCUUCGGAGGAACACCAACGCGGCGGAUUUCGCUAUCUCAACGUAUAUCACAACUCCACUACUAACGUGACACUCACAAACCUUUCUGUCUACUUUACGGCAGUCCCCCAGAAGACUGAAGCAGAUCUGCAAGCUUACACUGGCUAUUUUCACACCAGCGACGAGCAGCUGAACAGAGUUUGGUAUGCUGGUGCCUACACAAACGAACUUUGCACCAUCGAACCGACUGCAGGCGAUGCCUUAAAUCAUCUUGGAGCUAUCAACUCUAGCAGUACGAUAAAUUCUCCUCUGCCAUGGUACCUCAAUUACACAAUCGCAUCGGGCGCCAGCGUACUAGUCGAUGGAGCCAAACGCGACCGGCUCGUCUGGCCGGGUGAUAUGUCUAUUGCUGUUCCGUCCAUUUUCGUAUCCGCAAACGAUCUUCCAACAGUAAGGAACUCGCUGGAUUCCCUCCUCCGACUACAGAAUUCUUCGACAGGAGCACUACCUUACGCCGGUAUGCCGUUUGGGCAAGAGAUGCCUGUCUUCAGUUUUACGUACCACCUGUAUUCUCUGAUUGGAAUCUAUGACUAUUACCUUUACAGCGGUGACGAGGCUUAUCUUGCCAGAAAUUGGGAGCGAUUCAAAUUCGGGCUCAAUUAUUCGAUCAGCUUCAUCGAUUCAUCGGGCAUGGCAAAUGUCACGACCUCGGCUGACUGGUUACGUUUUGGAAUGGGUGGCCAUAAUAUCGAGGCUAACGCAAUCUUGUAUCGUACUCUCAAUCUCGGGACUACGCUCGCUGAUAUCAUGAACGACUCGACUGUAUCGGCGUGGUCUAGAUACGCGGCGAGAAUCAAGAACGCAACAAUGGUCCAGCUGUGGGAUCCUGUGGCGAACCUCUAUCGUGACAACGACACUUUGCCAUUAACCAAACUCCAUCCACAAGACGGCAAUGCCUGGGCAGUCGUUUCCAAUCUUACCGGCUCCUUUGAGCAGAAUAUCAACAUCUCCAAAGCCCUCGCCGCACGUUGGGGGCCUUAUGGAGCGCCGGCCCCUGAAGCCGGCGCCACCGUCUCUCCAUUCAUAUCUGGCUUUGAACUACAAGCACACUAUCUUGCUGGCCAAGCAAACAAUGCUGUGCGACUGAUGAAACUCAUGUGGGGCGACUUCAUGCUGGACGACCCGCGAAUGACAAAUAGCACCUUUAUUGAAGGAUACUCAACGAACGGAGAUUUGCAUUAUGCUCCGUACACCAACGACGCGCGCAUCUCACAUGCCCACGGCUGGGCAACAGGACCGACAAGUGCAUUGACCUUUUAUGCUGCGGGUCUUCAGGUCACUAGUGCCGCCGGAAAAACAUGGAAAAUCUCGCCCAUGUUGGGUGGUUUGACCUUUGCUGAGGCAGGGUUUCGGACCCCUCUGGGACUGUUUGAGGUCAAUGUGACGGCCCUGGAGAAUGGUGGUAUGAAUGUCACUUUUCAUACGCCGGUGUCGACAACAGGGAGUGUCAUAUUUGCACACGAGACUGAUGCUAGAGGAGAAAUUAGAGUAUCCAAGGUUGUUGGGGGUGCUCACCUUGUCAAGAGAACUGUGAUCGCUCCAGGUGGCCCGAGCACAACGGAGAUCCAUGGCCUUCAAGGUGGAAGUUAUGAGGCUAGUCUCAAUUUACACUGA